AUGCCAGUCCACCAGAAGACAUCCUGGAACAAGCACUGCACCAUCGUCACGUGUCUCUGGCAACCCAGACCCAUCAAGCGCCAUAAGUACCUAGCAAUGGGAACCGCUGAUGCCAGCCGCCUCCCACAGAAAACUGUGACCUUUGACCCAUACAGUUCUGAGGAUGUGCACGUAUUCCACGCCUGCAUGGAAGGCGAUGGUAAUGUUCUGAAACCUGUUCAAAAAUUUUCUAGCGCCACUCCCAGAGAAAGUUUUGGGGGUCUACCGAAAAUAUAUCAAGAAGGGAGUAGAAAAGAAGCGGGUGAUCUUUCCUUCAUUUCUGAAAAACGCCAGGCCCUAUGGGUACAACAAAGUUACAUCGAAAACCUUGAUGUGAGUUACAGUACCGAUAUGCUCCUAGGCAAGAUCGGCUCAAUCACCAAGAGCAGGUCUCUGAAUGCUUUAUUCGGGGUUGUAACGAGACCUUUGAUGGAGCUGGCACUCUUGCUCUACACGCAUAUGGCCAGUAAUCUCCAAAAUGCGGGUAGUUUUGGGAGAGAAGUCACUGACUUUAAGACCGGUUGUGGAAAUGAGGCCACAUUAUCCAGCUCCUGGAACGACAGUCAAUUCUCUGUAGGAACUGAAGAUGCCUCAACGGCUUUGGGUAUUCGACAGAGACCAAGCAUUCUGGGAAACCAACCUGCUACCCACGGCGGCGGCCAAGAACAUGACCACAAUUACGCAGAGGAUGCUGUGGACAGCUGGAGGGAGGGCGACGAUGCUUCAGAGGGGAGCACCUGUCCAGAGCAGCGACAGAAGCGUGGACAAACUCUUUCGAAGGGAAGCAAGGCUUAUUUGGGAUCUCUCAUCAAGGACACUAUCUGCACACGGCAAACCACCCUCCACGAGAUUCCUCGUCCUCUCACCAUGUACCUACCAUUCGUUCUGUCUCUGGUGCACCAUGUGCUUCCUGGAAGUUGGCCUCGAGUCUAG